AAGGUAUACGCGUACACGCGAAGCUCCUCUGGAUUUUACAAAAAUUUCUUUUGGUUAUCUAAGCCAACCAUGACAAACAAGCAAAGGAAGUCGUGGUUUUUUCUUGUCACCACUUUAGCUUUGUGGCAAACAAUGGGCGCUGCAGACGACUGCGACCCUCAAGAUGCGUCGACUUGUUCUGGAGAUUUGACCUGCAUUUUGCGACUGGGACGCCACCAGUGUGACUGUCCAUUUGGGUCUGGUCGGAGGAAUGCUUCGGACACCUGCAUUGCGGUGAACGAAUUUCGUCUGUCGAUCGCGAUAGAGGAGUUUGCAGGUGAAACGUUCGAGCCAGCUAUGUUCAACGAUUUCCCGGAUGACCCAAAUUCCACAUUGUUCAUGAAUUUUCUCCGGCAAGCUAUUGAAAACGAGUUUAAUGAUGGUGAAGGCGGUUUCCUGAGCGCUCGGGUCCAAAAGAUAAGCCGGAGCGGCAGAAGUAUCAGGGCGGUACCGAUUGUGUCAUUCAACAAAGACUCAAACACAACCCUAGAGAUGGUUCAGGGGGCUCUAAUGGGUGCCAUCAGUAGCAAAAACAUGCUGUCAAGAUCUAACAUGAAAGUCGAUCCCAGCUUAACGUCUGCACAGGAGCUUGUAUGUGAGAACGGGUAUUGUCGGAAUGGCGGAACAUGCACCCCCAGUAUUGAAGAUUAUUCAAGCAACUGUACUUGCGUUGCCGGCUAUGAAGGUUCGAGGUGUGAAGUGUCUCGAGGCGAGUCGAUUGCUGUCAUCUUAAUUCCCCUGGGUUAUGCGCUCCUAGUUACAAUCUUUGCUGUUUCCGUCUGUUACUGCCUUGGAGUGAUUGCCACCGCUCGCCAGAGGAAACCGACGAGCAACGAUCGUCACUGCUGGGAUAGGACCUCUGAAGACAGCAUUGAUUACGUCAACGACCCUCAGUACCCCAUGAAAUCAGGACUGAAUCUGCCAAACCGUCAUGGAGGAAUUCCGCUUGGUACUGCGGAGAAGGUAAUUGGUACGAAGGCUGAAGAACUCAUGUAAGACUCGCGUGACGUCUAGAACUCAGCGACCUAGGAGAACUGAAGUGCCACCUGGUAAUCGUUAGAAAGUUUUGGAACUCGACCAUGGAAUUGUCAGACCUGAUAAAAUGGGGCUAAGGGUAGUGUUUGCUUUCUUCUUAUUAUUAAAUGAUGAGGAGUUUGUUUGGGCUGCUUUUUAAAAAUCAUUUACGUUGCAAAUAGUCGCCGAAAUAAGAUUGGGGGGGCAAACUCGCCGCCGCAAAUUGACGAUUUUGACCCCCCCCACAAAAAACAAGAGCCGCUGCGUAGCAAAUUUUGAAUACUUUACAAAAUAAAACUAUAAAAUCGCGAUAACUCGGAUCUCAAUUGAAUGGAUAGAAAAUUCGACUUACUCAAAUUUCGAGCAAACGAAAGUUCCUGAGUUACGAGGCAUAAUAUAAGCCUAAAUCUUCUCUUCGGUGGUCAAAUGCUCACAGCAGUCGGCGAUUGGACUGCUUGCGGGCGGGCUAGCGCUAUUAUUGAGUCCGAGGUAGCUAUCAGGCUAGCUUGUCAGGAUUUGUUGCAGUUACGGGUUGGUUUUCAUGCAACCGUGACGGGUAGGCCUAUAUAAAUGGUCCCGCUGGUGUGAACAGACUGAAGUGCGCCUGGCAGUGGUCUCUCGCAACACAGGUCUGUUUGUUCCACAUGAAUCUGAAUCUCGAUCAGUGAUCCUAACACUGGUUCGCACUACCCUCUAUGUGGGUUUUGGUGUCCGUAAACCAACGAUGCAUGGAUCCCUGAUCCGUGUGAAACACGGCCCUGUAUAACGCGUUCCUGUUGACACUUUUUCAUUUUUUGGCGAUUGUUUUCGUUUAUGUAGGCCUAUGCGUCACAAAAAUUUGAGAUAAGAUGAUGUAGUGCACUGUAGUGGUGUAGUGGCAUGGUGUGGGGAUUUCUAGUUACAUGCGUAUUUGUACAUAAAACUUUGCAGUAGUCUUUCGGAGGGAAUCAUUUAUGUGCGUUUUUCAGGCAAACGGUUUCAUGGGUUUACGGCGAAUGGAAGUUGAUAACAUGUUUCCCUCCUUAAGCAAUCCAUGACCUCACACAUAUAGGACGGGGAUAACUCCUUCAGACAGAGAAAAGGUGUCAGUGUCGUCUACGAUAAGGCUACAGAACAGAACGGGUGAAUAGGGCGCCCUCUUUUUUAUUUCCCACUCGCUGCUCGACCGAGAGACCCAAAACGGUUCCGUAAUCCAUAAAUUAACAUGUGUAAUUCUAAAAGAAAAGCCUUAACCCUAAAAUAGACAGUUUAUAUUGGCCCCUCUAACAGCCAGGUGGGGGUGGAUUCCUCCCCCUAAAAGCUCGGCUGUGCUCAUCUCGAUUUUCUUGAAACUUGGCAAGCAUGUCAAAACACUUCUUUUCAAUGCAAAGAUGCAGUUUGAAUUCAAAUCAGACGUAGGGUUUUGUUGUUACGGUAAUUUGAAAUUCAAGGCUACAUGCGUCCAAGCCCGCGUGCAUUGAGCUCCGCAGUGGAAAAAGCAUACAUUUUCCCCUGACCUGUUUCAGAAAAAUGCGCGCUGUGCAAGAACGGUACGUUCAAUUUUCACCAAAGUGGUGUCAAAACGACCGUAAAGAAUUACGUUGAAAAUUCCUAAAGGCUCAACUCCUGAAAAACAAUGUAUUGUAGUAAGUCAGAAAAAUGUUGGGGGGUGGAUUCUGCCCUGGCUCUUUUAGGAGUGAACAUCCUUUUCUCUUCCUGAUAUUGGUUCGUUGCUAAUAAAGAGCUCAGUUAUAUCUAAAAAGUAUCAAAUUACAAAUCUCCAUUUACAAUGCGUUUCAAAUAAUGUUCCCCCUUCACGCGCUAAGGAAUUAAUUUCAUGUAUAUCCUUUGUUUACUGGUAGUAUUUUAAUUAAUAAUGAGCAAUUAUAACAGUGUUUUACCCGAGAACAUUUGUUAUUUCAAAUCAUUUUUUCUUGGUUGUAGGCCCAAUAAAUUGAUUUUAAUUUAAGAGUCGUCAUUUGUAUAAUGUUUCCUUUGAUAUCAUGCAGUGGUUAGUAUUGUCUUACUUUUAAGAGUUCGAGUGUGUACACGUGUGUCCGUAUUACAUUUAAGCUUUGGUGUUAAUUUGUAUAUCUCGAGUCAAUUAUUACACAAUGUCUGAUUUUUUUGUUAAAAGGUCUGUUCUGUAGACUUUAUAUUUCUCUUUGAAACAUCUAUAAGUAGGCGUGGAUCCAGGGGUUAGGAGGGUCGACCCCCCCCCGCUCUGAUACCAGAAAAGGGUACAAAAGAUAAUAAAAAAUAACUAAAGUAAGUUCACCAGUACCGUUGUAAACAAUGUGUGUCAUGUAGUGCUUCAUCAUCGUUUCUGUUUGUCUGCCAAAAAUGAGACAUAAAGACAAUCCCGGCUGACCGCCCCCACCCCCGACAAAUUCCUGGAUCCACUCUAGUUAUGCGAUAUACUCUGAUACCAGUAUCAACGUAACUAGAUCAGUUUCAAAGAAAACCUUUUGUUUCAGUAGGCAGAUGGGCUAUGCUUCGCCAACAAAUGACAAGGAUGUAUUUACUCAUUACUUUGAUAUACUGGAUUAAUAAAGGUUAUUGGGUGGAGUUUUCUGAAGAAUUUUCUUCAGUUUAAUCAUAUUUCAUUAGUUAUUUGAAAUGAAAUGUCAUUGCUCGAAUUCGAAACGUUGUAAAACAACAGCGUUUCGAAGUCGAGCAAUGGAUAUCUAAAGAUCGGUUCAGCGCUGUUUAUUUCACAUUCGACAGAAGUUCUGUUUGUUGUUGUUGCAAUGUGGCAAAUGGUGAUUUUUGCAAGUCUCGUCAAAAUUGGUACAAUUUUCUGUGGCCUAUAGACGUAUUCCAUGAACACCACGAAUCAAAUUUUUCGGAAUAGUGCAUUAAAAUUAACAAUUACUGUUAAUAAAUGGCGAUUUACUGUUAUUUUGUUACUUAAAGACAAACAAAUCACUAAACUGAAUUUUUCCUUGGAAAAUCCUAUUAAAAUGCCACUCGCCUUGA